AGUACUGAAGUGCUGUUCAUAAAACGUAUCGCUUAUUAUGAAUUGGUAAAAAUUGGCAUAAGUUAAUAGGCUAUAGGAAAAAAGGGCAUAGCAAAAUUGGUGGAUCUGUGUGAAAAAGGAUUACUUUCGUAGCAUUCGGGAAACUGCAGCCAAGGAUAUACGCAUUGAGCAUGAUGGAUUUGGAGAUCGAUUCGCAAAAGCCCACGCUUGAUCUAGCGAAGAACAGUCUCAAAAAGGUUCCUAAGAUGGAAGACGCUCAACAAUACAAAGUGUUGAUAUUGGACGAUAACGAGUUGCAAAAGAUUGAUAAUAUUGAUUCGUACUUGAAGAUCGAAAAGUUAUCGCUGUGCAAAAAUCAAUUGCUGCGAAUGUAUGGCGUCUGCCGACUGCAUUGUCUGAGAGAGCUGAAUCUCUCGCACAACAAAAUCCUCACGAUCGAAGGGCUCAAAGAUUUAGUCUAUUUGACCCACUUGAACCUGGAGGGUAACAAAAUCAAAACAAUCGAACAUCUGAAUACGAACGUGAACCUUCAGUAUUUGAACCUAUCGGAAAACAGUAUCACCAGUGUAUCGGAUAUGUCUUACCUUAAAAAUUUAAAGGAACUGUUUCUCAACGGGAACCGCAUAUCGCAUUUAAGGCAAUGUGAUAAACAUUUACCUCAAUCGUUGGAAAGUUUAACAUUAGCAAAAAAUAAUAUAGCAGAUCUGAAUGAAAUUUGCACGCUAAGUCAUCUCAAUAAUCUUAACAGUAUCACGAUGGCGGACAAUCCGUGCGUUCAGAUGGCUGGGAAUGUGAUUGGAUUUGAUUAUCGACCGUUUGUAUUGAACUGGUGCAUGAGUGUGAAGCACAUAGAUGGAUUUGUCGUCACUGCCAUUGAGAGUCUUAAAGCGGAAUGGUUGUACAGCCAGGGUCGUGGCCGCCAGUUCCCAAUAGGAGAACAAACGGCGCUAGCUCGCUAUCUCAGCAGUGUAUGUCCACUAUCAGGCGAAGCGUUAGAAAAUCAGAACGAGCGUAAACUACGGCUUAUACUUAGCAAGGCACAGCAACAUCAGCGUCAGUUGCAGGAACAAACAACUCUUGGCAGCGAUGGAACGAAUCAGUCAGCAAAUAAUUCUCCAUCCUCGCUGCGCCGCAAAGGGCAAGCAACAAGGAUACAGUCGCCGCGCGUAUCGCGUCUAAGUGGGCGCCAAAAUUCGCCUGAUGCUAUGUCAAACAGUUACCAUGGUAACCUUUCGAACAAUUCCAUGUCAUCGGCGCAUAGUGAGAGUAGCUCCGGAGGAUCACAACUAUUUGAGCUGACAAGAUCGUUGAUUGAUAACAUUACUUCGGACAGCAAUAUCAUGUCCCAAAGUUUGGAUCCGAACAUGUUGGCGAGUAGCAAUGGUAGUGGUGUAUCUGUCAACAGUUCGACCAUUUUAGGCACAAGUGCAGGCAACGAGUGUAUUGUAUUAAGCAAACAACAUCCAACAACGAUGAAUCAAAACCAGGGAAGUUUGUAUAAUGAUCAACUUACAAAUGCUGUAGCAGCAGGAGGUGGACCACUUACGGCCGCAUCCAAAAUGGUGCCUGUUCCAGAAUCCUUGAUGAGUCCGGAUUGUGGUCCUACUACAACAACGGCAGCCAGCAUUGUACAACGAAAUUUGCAACAUUGUAAUAUGCAACCACAACCACAAACGCCGCAGAUCCCCAAAGCUAUAAAAACUAAAGAUAGUAACCGUUCAGUAAAUCAAAACAGUGGAAGCAUUCCGGUGGCAAAUGUUCACCCCAAAGCUGGAAGUCCUCGAACUUCAAAGCGAAACAAUAGUAGUGAACGUUCUUCGCCCUCUCUUUCACCAAGAAAAACACUCAACAGUCACAACAGCAAUGGAGGUUCUGGCAGCAACAGCCAUUCUAGACCAGUAUCAUCACAAUCCAAGUAUUCCGUACACGCUGCUAUAGCAACACCAUCGGAAGGGGGUUCGAGCAAUGCCGUAAGCUCGGACGAUGACAGUGAAACGAUCAAUAUUGAAAAGCUUCGCACUAUACGCCACAAAGCAGCGCAGCAACAGACCCAACUAAAUCUUCAACAUGUUGGCCAAGGCUUGGUUCCGAAAACGAAGGAUAAGGAGGUUGCGGUAUCCGGCAAAACUAUUGCCAAAGAAACAAUGGAGGAUAAUAAAGCGACAGAAAAUUCAGCUAUAGUUAUACAGAAACUUUGGCGGGGCUAUGUUACUCGCAAACGGACCCGCGAUGUGGUGGAAAAGCUGUUUCAUAAGCGAACCAACGAUCAUAUUUUACAACUUACGAAGGACAUGCAAGUCACAAAGGAGCAGUUGGAAUCGGGCCGUAAAAUUCAGCAGCUACAAAUGAAAGCUUUGCGUCAGCUGUGGCGAAAAGUCUCGUCUAUGAAUCCAACGGAACAAAUACGUGCCACUCAUAGUAAUGCUGGACAAACGGCUGCUUCAGAAGAGGACGAUGCGGGAGAAUGUGGCCAGUUAGCCAAUGACGGGUUGGAAAACAGCACUAUUCAAGAUCUCACAAAAUCCUGUUCAAUGUUGAUGAACCAGGUACAACAAUUGCAAAGUGCAGUGCGAGACAUUGUCAGUUGUAUGCAGUUUUUGGUUCAUGUUCCGCCACCUGCCCAACCACCGUUGAAUACGGUUUCCCAACAGUGUACCAGCGAAACACAAACGGAUAUAGUAGCUGUCAUUACGCCACAGGUAGAACGAUUGCCAGAAACGUUUCCUUUCGGUAAAGGAUCUGAAGGAACUUCCAAGGAUCAGCUGGGUGUGACGGGUAAUACGAAACUUUCACGGCCAUCAACGCUGCCGAUAAGCUCUACCGAAACAUCACCGAAGCUUGUUAGCCAAGGGCAGGAUCCAACCGUGGAUGAAGGUCGGGAAGCUACGGAUUUGGAAUCCAUUGGUGGUGAUUCACAAAUGAUCCGAAUAGAAGAAGCUGAUCGUGGAAACGAGGAGGAAAACAAUGACGGCGAACAGAAGGAACGUGAUGAAAAAGAAAUGGAAAGUGUGGCAAAAAUUGAGGAUUUAGAAAUUGGAACAGUAGUUCCAUGAGCAUGCGAACAAAUUUUGACCUAUUCCUAAAAGGGUCGAUAUUCUCGAAACUAUGGUAAAUUUAUUCGUAAAAGAGCGAUUAAUGGAAGCAUUUGUUGAUUAUUUUUAAGCUAUUUAUUUAAAAGACAAAUGGGAAUGAUGUGCCCAAUGGUGGUGCUUAGAAUAAGGGCACAGAGUCAUAUUGGAUUGAUUUCAGUGAUCUUACUUAGCUUGUAUAUGUUUUACGAAUUUGUUCGCCCAUUAAAGCGCUGCAUUGUAUUGUACGAUGCAUGAUAGAAAGAGAGACAGCGACUCUAAUUACCAAAGAUGUUACAAGAUCAAUGUAAGUCACAAAAGAUAGAUGAUUGAUUAAUUUAAUACAUAGCAUCGUGAAUAUUUUUAUUUUAUGUGCAUUUUUUGCAAAGAUGGUUCAAAGUAACAUACGAUGAGUUUUGGGAAUGUAACAAAUAGGGUAUUUAAUAACGAACAAGUGACUUGAAAAGUUCAUCUGCAUCAUUCUCUCUCUCUUGGUAAACAUGACAAAAAUCAUGAAACAUAUUAAUUAAACAAGAAAUCUAACAACAUUACCGUACGCAAAACGCGUUUUAGUUUGUAAAAGAGAACAAAUAUUCAAAGGCUACAGGAUUACAGCUAAAUGUAAUAACGCAACCUGUUGGAUCACAAGCUAUGAGAUAUGUUUCUGGGUACUUUUAAUAACGAAUGUUUCUCGGUUCAAUCAUUUCUGCCAUUCAAAACUAAAGCCCACUGACUAUAGUUAUGUUGCCAAACAGCAUACGUUGAUGAAGUAUUCACUCUGCUAUACGAACGUAUGUGUUCUUCGGCGCGCUGUGCUCUUCCAGGAACGCCAAAUGUUAAUGAGAUUACAUGUGUCCAUAAGAUUCAACAUCACUCAAACAGCGCAUAAGCUCCAAUCAGAAACAAAACCACCGUGUCGUCAUGGUUGACCAUUAAGGAAACCCCUUAUGCUGUGUGCUCAUACCAUACUGCAAGAAUGCUUCUAUGUGUCCACUGUUCAACCGUUAAAUGAUUUUCAACUCUAAUCCACACUACAAGUGCCUACAUUUUACUUAGUUGCGAAGGGGGUAAACAAUGAUGAGGUGAGCAGAUUGUGUAGUGCAUGCUAACAUUAGAUGAAUUGUUCUUUAGCAGUUUUAGCAAACAGUAUAAGCGGUUGCAUUAAUCAAUCGCCGGUUUAUGAUGAUCGAUAAUUAGGAGAUCUAAUGCAUUCCAGUUCAAGCAUGUUUUUAUACAGAUAAUCGCACAAAGGCACACAAUUUCAUCAGCACACAAUUGGAGGAAUAGAAACACAUUGAGUUACGCGUCAUGGAUAGCCAUACGUUUUAGGCACUGCUCAUACUAUAGGGAAAUGCGCAAUGCAACAUUCCGUGCAAGAUCAAGCAUCGAUCCUUAAUUCUAGGUUAUAUAUGUGUUACGGAUUGAAAUUAACAAAAUAGUAGUAGACACAAGUCAAAUCGUUUGGUCGCACACGACGUUGAAUACAAUUAAAGAUUUGCAUGAUUCGGUUUUCCAUUACAUCGAUUCUAGCAUUAGAUAUAAAACAUUAGCAUAGUUCAGAAAAACAAACCCCUUUUCACGUGUCCCACAUGUUGCAAAUCAGUUGCAGGUGAUGUACUUGUGCUUAUCCGCGCUCAAAGUUUGUAAUAUCGAUGUUAUUAAUGGUUGAGUGUAUGUAAGCAUCCGCGUAAAUUCUGCUACAAGGUAAACGAUCACAAAUGAGUGGAGGAUAUCGGGAUAAAAGAUGGCUAAGAACGUUGCUCGUAUAAUUCAACGCAUUUGCAAGAGGUUUGUAACGAAUGUGCAUUUCUGUGUUUGUCACCUUACCUAUGCGAGAUCUUGCGCGAUCUCUGCCUAUCUCUCGCCAAAACGCCAAAGCUACAAACAAAACAUGAAAAGGAGUUCUUUCCAAUAAAAAAAAGUCAAGUGCAUAAACUUACAAAUGUACAGACAUGUGUAUCUUCAGCCGAUUUUGAUACUUCUUAAAACAAUUAAACAAUAAACGCAUCGUCGCAUAAUACCUAACAAACGGGGUAUUGAUUCAUCGGUCCAUAGGCGAUUGUUUUUGUGCGAUUUGUCUUUCCAGCGAUGGUUCAUCUUCGUCGUCCGU